UCUCCCAUUUUUGUCAUGGGAAUUUUGUACAGCCGCAUAGGUCAUGGUCGGAAAAAAACGAACUGGAGGAUAUAAUAGAAAAAGCAGUGCAGAGGAAGACAAUGGCAAACCCUAGGAGGAUCUCAUAUUCAAACAGCUCAGAGAACCCAAUUCAGUUCCAAAACUUCUCGAGAUUGUCAUCUAUCAAACAUUUCUUGAAGAAGCCACAUGCCUUCCCUUUCUUGCUUUCAAUCUUUCUCUUGCUGACAUGGGUUUCUCUCAGACUUCAACGUGCUUCCCAUUUAUCUUCUGCUAAUCUUCGAGGAACUCAAGAGGCAAAAUGGAGCAAAGAUGACGAUAAGAAAGCGAAUUUGAUUAGAUUCAAAUCUGGGUUGUUCCCUUCUCCCUUCAUCAAAGACAAGCGUGGUUGGAUAUUCGACCCUGUCUCUCUCGCCCUGGGCUCUGGCCUUAAAGGUGGAGCCUUAUCUUGUGCUUCACUUCAUGUUGGUGAAAUCCGACCUGGCACUUUGAGGGGAAAUCACAGACACUAUACUUGCAAUGAGACAUUUGUCAUUUGGGGUGCCAAAACACUGUUUAGGUUGGAAAACAACCAGAUAGUUGAUAAAGGCUAUGCUGAAGUAAUAGUUGGUGCAGAUGAAGUCGCUAUUGCAGCUAGUCCAAGCAGCACUGCCCACCUUUUGGUAAAUGUAGAUCCCAUACUUACUACAUAUUUUAUUGGGUGCCAAGACAGUGUUAUAAACUAUAACAGCUCAUCUACUGAUUUCCAUAUUUGGAAAGAUUUCUAAGUUUACUUGUCUUUUAUCUUUAUUUGCAUCUGAUGUUCUUUAGCAUGCUGAAAUACUUCUGUAUUCAUGCUUUGUCAGCAUGCUUUUUGGAAUGAAGAUGGUUACAUGUGAUGCUAGUUCAUAGAACAGAUGUAUAGAAGGCAUUAUUCUGUUCCCUGGCUUUUAGCCUUAUCAUAAUUAUUCUUUCAUUUUUUUUUGGUUCA